AUGUUCAGGCCAACACAAGCCCUCGGCAAGAAGUUCCGCAAGCUGCGGCUGACGACGAAGGACAUCAACAAGGGCUUCUACAAGGGAAACCGUACAGGAAACAUGGGAUCGCACGACAAAUGGGGUGGCUUCACGGUCGAAUUCGCGAAAGUGCGGACAUACGCCGUGCCCGCAGGGCUGGAUACAUUCAAGCUCACACCCUUCGUCACCGAGAAUGUGAGGGCAAAGUCGGGCAUGGAGAGCUACCGAGAAUACGGCAUGGAGGGCCCGAGGAGUCCGAAGCUGUACCUGGACAGGUGGAAGGCGGAGAACGGGCUUGACUGA